GGCAUAAGCUCAUAAUCAUUGUUAUGACUCGUCGAGUAUUGGUUCCAGCUCUGACUGGUUUCAAUGAGGUGACGCUAAACAUGGUAGUCAUAUAUAAUGGUGUAUAUUAACUCCCUUAUAGGAUUUACAGUGUUUCUACUGGUGUGUAAAACACGAGCUUUCAUUCCAAACCAAAAUGCCGUUCGUUUCACGGCUCUGGGUGAUUGGGGUGGCAAGGCAACACAUCCAUAUACCACUGUGGUAGAAGUAGCCGUUGCCAAGGCAAUGGGCAAUGUAGCUGAUAUGUACCAAUCACAGUUCACGCUGGCGCUCGGUGAUAACUUUUAUGAGGACGGUGUUCUGAGUGUGGAUGACCCAAGAUUCCAGGAAACAUUCGAGAAUGUGUUCACAGCAAAAUCACUAUACAAUCCUUGGUAUGUGGUGGCUGGUAACCAUGACUACAACGGCAACGUUCAGGCCCAAGUUGAAUAUACCAACCGAUCAAAAAGAUGGGAGUUUCCAUCCUACUACUACAAUAAACGAUACAAUAUCCCAGGAUCCAAUGCUACCAUACUAUUUGUUAUGAUCGAUACCAUCAUCCUUUGCGGCAAUACGCAAGAUGACAUUCCCGGAGCAGAACUUUCUGGUCCCGAUGAUCCAGUGAGGGCGGAAGAGCAGUGGCAGUGGAUUGAAGCGACAUUAAAAAAAUCUACAGAUGAUUACGUCAUCGUAGCCGGACACUUUCCUGUAUGGUCGAUUGCUGAACACGGACCUACUCCAUUACUUGUAAACAGACUCAAGCCUAUGUUGGAAAAAUAUCGGACGACGGCAUAUUUUUCUGGGCACGACCACAAUCUCCAGUAUUUGAAAGAAGACAAUUCGACGGUUGAAUAUUUCGUGAUUGGCUCGGCACAUGUUGUAGACCCCUCAAUUGAACAUAAAAACAGUGUGCCACCUGGCUCCCUAAAAUUUCACUAUGCAGACACCAAUAGUCUUGGUGGAUUCGCCUACAUCGAGGUAUCAUCUACCAAUGCUACGUUCACGUUUGUCGAUGCCAUGUCAGCAAAAGACAUUUACCAGAGAGUGUUGUAUCCACGCACAAAAUAA